UAGUUACUUUUUGUAUAUAUUUCACGGAUAUAACUUGGAAAAUAGACGCACACAUAUUUAUAAAUUAUAUGCUAUUCUAAAUCUUUACUUGUAUAUAUAUUUAAAUAAUCAAAAUUUGGAUAGUUGAUGGAUGGAACCAAAGAUGGGGAAGGGCAUCCUGGCAAUGUUGGCGGCCACCGCAGGAUCCUUCUUUGCAUUGGGCGCUUAUUAUCAGCACAGCGAAGUGAUGAGGAAUAUCCAAUACUUAGAACAGCGGAAUCCUCAUGCCUAUUUUAUUCGUCGCAAGCUGUAUGAUUUGCUGGGAAUCUUUAGAGUUAGAGCCUCCAGCAUAGAGAUAGACGAUUCUAAGGCAGAACGGAAGCAUAAGCUGGGUGGAAUCAUGAAGUAUGGAUUCCCCAGCAUGAAUGAGAUCAGUCUGAACGAGAUCUUUGACUUUGUAACCUCAUUCGAUCGCCGCAACUCUGCCAUACAGUGGAUGUGUGAACGGGUAGAUGUCAACAAUCGGCCUCUUUAUGAGGACAGAGUCUCCAUAGCUCCAUGUGGCGCCUUUAGCCAGUCGGAGGCUUCGAGGGUUUUCUUCUUGUCCAACAUUAAGCCCUUCAUGAACCGUGGUUUCAAUCUCGGCGUGUGGGACCGUUUGUUGCGACACGUCAACGAAAUGAGCAAAAAUCAUGGAACCAUUUAUGUCUAUACCGGAUCCAUUUACUUGCCACGAGAAAUGAAGGCAGACAGCUGGUUCCUGGAGUACCAAUCGGAGGACCGCUUCAUGGUCGCCGUGCCCACGCAUUUCUUCAAGGUUCUCGUUAUCGAUCCAAAAUUCGGUCCCGAUGACACACCAUAUGCCGAGGCGUAUGUGAUGCCCAAUACGCCUCUAAACAAUAAUGUCGAACUGAAGACCUUACUCAGCGAUAUCCGAGACAUUGAGAACGCCACGGGCUUGCGGUUCUUCGAGGGUCUCGAUCGCAACUUUGUCAACACCCUGGUGUCCUCCUCAACAGAAGCUUCUGUCGAGAAUUUAGUCAAGAAUGCACCAAACAAUCCAGUGGAUAAUAGUGCUUUAGAGUCGUACAGUAGUGCCUUACAGUAAAUAAAAUUAGUACAUUGGAACAUUGUGA